GAAGGGCAGUGUGUGAAAGAGGGAGGAGAAUGACAGGAAGAGACAGCAGGUGAGGAAACAAUGAGCUGACGAGCAGAACACAACACAAACUGACAGAAGAAAGAGAAACUGUGUUUGGUAAGCGUUUGAAGAAAUUGCGGAUUCUCCUUAUUGUGAGAUGCUUGUGACUGUAUUACUUAUUGCCUCAGGGAUACUGACAGGUCAUCUGAUGUAUGGCCUCCCUAAGCAGAGUAAAGCGAGAUACCCCAGAUCCUGUCCAAAUAUGUGCCCACCAGGACAAUACCGCACACACACCUGUAGCUGCUCUCUUUGUCGCCCUGGUUUCUUCACCAGUCAGGAGAACAGAGAAGACAGCUGUCACCGCUGCUUCCAGACCUGCAAUCCUGAGCUCAAUAUGGAGGUGGUGGAGGAGUGCAAGACCACAUCAGAUGUGAAGUGUCGCUGUCAGGAUGGUUUUACUUGUACAAAGCAUGACCAGUACACUGGCCACUGCAAACAGUGUGAUCCAAUCACAUCACCUACCCCAAGCCAGGUGUAUACAAGCCGGGUCUAUACAAGCUGGGUCUACACCUCCACUGCCACCACUUUAUUCCCUCGCACACAAAAGCCCACAAACUGGAUGGGUGAAAAUGGAGUAUUGGUUUGGAUUAUUUUUGGAUUCAUGUUAACAAUGCUAUUCAUCAUCAUUGUAACAGUCCUCUUCCGAAUCUGCAGAAAGAAAGAGAAAGAAUGUUUUAAGCAAUUGGUCCGGCGAUGCUCUUUGGGCAAUCUAGAGGUGGAUAGUGAGAGCACCCUUUCUACAAAAAGCCAGCAAAAUGAGCAACAAUAUACCCAGGCGAUGCCAUCACAUGAAAGUACACCCACUAAUAAGAAAACUGACUGCUCUUUUCAUCAACCAACUGUCUCGGACCAGGCGGUGCCUCCAUCUGGCAAUUUAGGCCCUUUCCACAUCUAUGGUCCCCAGACAGUUUUUGUGAGUUUGCUCAAUCAGUUCGAAUGGGACGGAGGAGAAAAAAAGGCAAGUGAACUGCAACAAGAACCUUUAAAUAACAGCAACGUGCCCCACCCUCAAUCUCCACCCAUACAUCUAUCUCAAGAGGAAAAAAACCAAGAGCAAGAUUUUAUCUUCUUUCCAUCUCAAGAACAAGGGAAGGAGUGCCAUAUAUCUAAAGAAGAGGUGCUGUGAAGUAUCGUGGAAAUGUCUGUAUCUUCCAUACUGUUCGACUGCUGUGUGGUUUGUUGUAAUUGAUGCUGCACGAGUACCGAGUAUUAAAACUCUAACCCUGCCAGGGGAUUUGGUCUAGAGAGUAUGAGGAAGACCUGGGUGUCUGUAGAAUAGUAUGGAUCAAGCUUGACAGUUCAUAUUGUAAAUGUCACCCAUACCCUCAUGCUUAGAGUAAAGAUUUCAAACCAUCACAUCAGCUGGCAUGACUGCAUGAGGAAUCGAUAUUGAAAAGCUCUCCGUCGGUGCUGGUCUCUCUCAUCAUGGAGGAGAGAUGACCCCCGGGCCAAAGCUUUAUCUCAGGACCUCUUGGUCGACAUAUCAAGUGAAGGAGCUGCCCUAAGAUGCUCAGAAGGCCAAAGAUCUCACAGAUAUUUAUUUAGAAGUUUUUGUCGUUAAGGUUAUUAUAACUGCAGCGUGCUUCUUUAUGUCUGGAAUGACUAACUUUAACGGUGCCUUAGUUGUGUAAUGACAUUCACAGUUCUUAAAUAAAAAUGUUUUAAUUUAUUUUACCUGAAAAACGAGUAUCUUGUUAGCUACAUUAAUACCAGCAGAGUUUUGUUUUCGUUGUCUCUCGGUGUUCCGUCUCUGGUUGAUUAUGUCAGCCUUCUUCCUCUUUGGUUUUUAUGUGGCACUUUGGAUUGUGCCACCAAAAAGUCCUGACAUUUUAAAGCUGGUCUGGAAAUGUCAACGUUGGUUCGUCGUUCAAACCGAAGCAACCCCAAAAAUGAGCGCAGGAACACACAAAGCGUGUGUUAUGUUCAUACGUUUUAUUUUCACUGAAAUACAAAGUCUUAUACCUGAUAUUGAUUGUAAAGUGCAAUAGCAUCAAUAAAACUAUUUUUAUACAC